UAGGAAGGCCACGUGGUUGUGAGAUGUCCAGGACUUCCAGGUGUAAUAAUACUUCUAUCUAAUAAACCCUUCCAUACCAGUUAUACAUGUCCAGUUUUGCGAGUUCACGCUUCUUUUAUUGGAGAGACUGACAACUUAUACAUCGUUUAUACAUACAAUUAAAAUAAACUAAAGGCUGCUCCCACUCUGCAUAGCGAAGUUUUGCGUGUGUUGCCUUCUGUUAAUCGAACUAUUACAUUGUUCUAUUACGCUUCAUAUGGGAUCAAUAGAAACAGUCUUUCAAGCAUAUGGUCUAUAAAUCCAGAGUUUUAAAGGCGUGACCAUGCUGAUGCUGACAUGUACGAUUCCCGGUUGGUCCAGAAAAUUUUCGAAAUGGUAAUUUCCAUGGGCAAAUGGAAAUCGGGCAUAGAGUAUUUUCAUUCCUGUCACAAAUGCAACAUGGUGAUUGGCAAAGGGAGCUCUAAUUAAUAACUGUAGAAGUGCUCAUAGAACACUAAUGAAAUUGCAUUUCACUAAUUCAGACAUUUCCCUGCGUUGUGGUACAUUUUCGCAAAGCUACUACACGGCUCGUUGCACUAUCACACUUUCCCGCUGUUUGAAAACCUCAUAGGAAUUCUGGAAACCUUAUCUGAAGGAAUCCAGUCUCAGAAAAAUCCGAGAGUCCAAGAAGUAAACCGGAAGGAAUCGCAAGAGGAAUAAUUAUGAGGCAGAUAAUUUUUUUGUCCUUUGCCUUACUAGUCGGCUGGUAUGUCUGAGAUAGACGAAAAAACUCAAAUUUCGAAGACACAGUGUGUGUUUAAUUGACAACUUGAGAGGUAAAUUUUGUUAAAAAUUACCACUUGUAUUGGUGGGAUUCGAGAGUGUGGAAGAUUGACAUCUAAGCCAAAAGUUGUGAAAGUUGUUUUUUUUAGAAUCGUAACUUAUUCUGUGGCUAAGUUGGUUAAAGCACCGGAUUAGUGAUACGGAGUCGUGGGUUCGAAUCCCACCAAAACAAGUGGUAUUUUUUUCACAAGUUUAUCUCUCAAUUUGUAAAUUAAACACACACUGUGUCUUCGAAACUUGUGUUUUUCGUCAAUUUCAUGAGAAUCUUCAAAAGAAUCCUGGGAGAGUUCCCGAAAAUAACAUGAAGCUAUCCCGAGGCAAAUCUCUGAGAAAAUCGCGAGGGAAAUUCCCGUGAAAAUUCCAGAAGGAAUUCCUGAGAUAACCCUGAUUAAGUCCCAUGUGAAAACUCUGAAGUCAUGAGAGGAAUCCUUGGAUUAGCUGCGUGAAGAAACAAUGAAGAAGUCUAGAAGAAAUCCCUGAAAGAAUCCUGGAAGAAUCUCCGAAAAAAAUCCCGGAGGCAUCUUCAAAGGAAUCCAGAGAGUAAUCUUUAAAGGUAUCGUGGAAGGAAUAAUGAAAGCAGUCAAUCAUGAAUCCCAGAUUAGCUAUUGGGAUAAAUGACGUAAAUAUAAGAACGGUUAAAUUUCCAUUUCAUUUCAUUCAGUUUUAAAUAAAAGAAUUUCUAGCAAUCAAAGUGCUAAGCAAGCUCCAUACUGCAGACAACCUGUAAAUUUACAAUCCAAUGAAGUGUGGCUUACCGCAAGAGAUGGAUUAUAAAUUACUUAUAGAGUUUAUUCCGAAAUAGUGCUUUGACUUCUUCGGAAAUUUUCGAAUAGUUUUGGCGUUUUAGUCUUUUCGGGGUCAAAAACAACUAAAUGUAUUCUUCUUCCAACGUUUCGAUCCUUAUUGGAUCUUCCUCAGGGAAUCUGUAAUUUAUUAUAGUCAUUUUCAUUGGUUUUAACACAUUGGACUAGACUUAACACAAACCGAAUAAAAUUGUUGCUUUUUCGUCCAGUGGUACUUUUUUAAAACUUUUAACCGUCAUUUGUUGUUUUUGCUAUAAAAGGUUAUUGUCAAUUAAGGAAUACCUUAAUGUCACUGUCUACUUACAAUUUGUCCGUUUUUUUCCGUUCCGAAAAACCUUCAAAUUCAAAAAGAUAAUUUCUGUUAAUCGAAAACCGGACCGCUAUCCACUAUUUUGCGUACAAUUUUUAAAAUGACAGUUUUAGUUUGUUCUAUUCGUGUGUUGUGUGUUCGGUUUCAAAAUUACUAGGGUAAGAAAUCAAACUUUGAACUAGUCAAAAUGUAAUCUUAAUUUGAACUAUUUUGAAAUUCAUUGAAAUGGCGUACUUUUUGGGCAAAUAUUGACCCGAAAAGGUGUUAAACAGUUUUCCGUAAUAUAAUCUGAUAACAUAAACUUUAAAAGCAUUGAAAAAAGCAUUUUUGACAUCGAAAAUAAGCAAAUGAAAAAUCACUGUGAUUUUCACCUAUUUCCCCUCAGAGAAAGCACAUUUUCGGUGCACCAAUACAGGUCAAGCAUUGCAUCACACGCAAUAAGUGAAUACAUCAAAUGAAAGCUUAUUUAUCGUAGAAUCGACCAACCGAAUAAUAUUCGGCAUUAUUUCUCAUAAAAUUAUCAAAUUAAAGUGAUUCUUACUUGGAGCAUGUUUUCUUAAGUUGAACCAUUUGUAAUUUAAAUUUGAACUAGUAAACGGGGGCGAGCUUCCAUUGUUGGCCUGCAGACUGCGCUAGUGGUUGCUUUGUUUACUCUUGAAGGAUGAAAAAUUCAAAUUUAGUUUCCAAAUUCCUAAAGAAUUUCGAACAUUCUGAGUUGAGGUUCCACUGCCUAAUGAUAAAUAGGUAUGAGAAUUAGCAGAUUCAUAUGAUUUUUAAUUGUUUAGCAUGGAAUUGGCUGUUUUGUGAGUUGCUAGAGCUGCUGCUGCCAGUAGUUCAAAUUAAGAUUAAAAUUGGUUCCAAUUAUGAUUACGAUGGUUCAAAUUAAGAUUAAAAUAAUUGUUGAUGAAAAAUCGAAUAUUUCAAUGAAAUUCGGUGCAAAUACAUACUUUUUACCAUUGAACAGAAAGCUUAUACCCGUGGCUUUUAUGUACAUAAGAUUUUGCCGUAGUAAAUUAUUUCUAUGUGGGAGAAAAAAUCACUUAAAAUUUGCACUGCCUCAGAAAGCCACAAAUUUGGUUCAAAUUUUGAUUACCUACCUUAUAAUAAAUUACCGAUUCCCUGAGGAAGAUCAUUUAAGGAUCGAAACGUUGGAAGAAGAAAACUUUUAGUUGUUUUUGACCCCAAAAGACUGAAACGCCAAAACUAUUUCGAAAGUCUUCAAAACAGUCGUCGUCAAUAUAGUGAACUUCUUCGGAAAUUCCCCCGGGCGUUCCUAUGAAAAUUACAACAGGAAUGCAAACGGUGCUCUUUUUCAAUUGCAAUUCUUUCAGCAACUUUAUUGAGAAAUUCUCCGCGAGUUCCAUUGGAAAUUUCUCUAGGAGAUUUUUUAGAAUGCUUUCAGAAGUUUGAACAAAAAUUCUUGAAGGAGUUCAAUCGCAAAUUCAUUUGGGAAAUCCAUUCGAAAUUCCACCAGAGUUCCUUCACAAAAUGAGUUCUGUCGGAAAUUUUCCGAUGAGUUAGUUAGAGCUCAACUCCCGAGCCGAGCGGACGCGGUUGUGUAUCGCAGUCGAUUACGGGAGCCAUACUCCGGCUAAUUUGUGGUCAGUUUCUUAAUUUCGAAAUAGUGAAUUCGUUUCGUGGUGUUCGCGUCGGGAUCGCCGCAAUCGCGUGCAAAUGUCCGCGAUUAAACGCCGCGAAAACACAUUUCGCGUCGAUUAUGCGAAUGUGCCGAAAAAGCCCACCUCUGAGGAGGUCCACCAAUUUGUCGGUGUGACGCUAGGGCUGAAACGCGAAGAGGUGCUACGAAUACAGUACAGCCGAAGCAAUGGAAUCGCUUACGUCAAAGCGACUAGCUUGGAAGUAGCACAGAAAACUGUCGAGGAACACGACAAUAAACACGAGAUGACAAUCGAUGGAAAACCAUACAAGCUACGUCUGCUGAUGGAGGAUGGAGCAGUCGAGGUGCGGCUGUUCAACCUCUCCGAGGAUGUCACGAACGAUAAAAUCGUCAAAUUCCUUAGCGCCUUCGGAGAAUUACAUUCUAUUCGGGAAGAGCUGUGGGACGACGGCCACCUGUUCUCCGGUCUACCGACUGGUGUACGAACUGUUCGAAUGACGGUAAAAAUAAACAUUCCCUCAUACGUCACGAUCGACGGCGAGAGAACCAAUCUAGCCUAUUACGGUCAGCAGCAGACUUGUAAGUAUUGCAGUGAGCACGUACACAACGGCGUCUCCUGCGUACAAAACAAAAAGCUGUUGGUUCAAAAACUGGCAGCGAACAGUACGUCAUACGCCGAUGUUAUGAAACACCCGAAUCUCCCUCGUACAAAGCCUUCGUCAUCGCAGCGGAGACCAGAUCAACUAGCGGUAAAGCUAGGCAGACAGCCUACCCAAAAAGCGGCAAACGAGAAUGCCGAUCCGACGACAAGCCGUUCGAUGCACCUACCGGGCAACGACCAAGCUAACGACGACAACAACCAUGCUACGAAGUCAGAUGAGCAGCAGCAAAAGGGACACGAAAGCGAACCGUGGGUCAGAGUACCUAACACGGAGAUCAGCGAUGCACAAAAAAGCCGACGGUAAUGAAACAGAUUCGUCAACCUCCAGCAGACACUCGUUCAAACGUCCUGCCGGGAAGAAGAUGCGGUGCGAUGGUACCGACGACUCUGAAAACAAAGACACCCACCAAUAAACCAUCCUCUUCACCAGUUAUAACGUUGCGACAGUAAACGUGAACACGAUCACGAGCAACACCAAAAUAAAUGCGCUACGAACGUUCAUACGAACACUGGACAUCGACAUUCUGUUCCUCCAAGAAGUAGAAAAUGAUCAGCUUGUUCUACCCGGCUUCAACGUCAUUGCGAAUGUUGACCACGCGAGAAGAGGCACUGCCAUCGCCUUGAAGGACCAUAUCCAAUUUUCGAAUGUGGAAAAAAGUUUGGAUGGGCGUUUGGUCGCUGUGCGUGUCCAAGACACAACGUUGUGCUGCAUCUAUGCACCGUCCGGCACUGCCUAUAGAGCCCAGAGAGAGCGAUUUUUCAACAACACUCUGGCCUACUAUCUUCGUCACCAAACAGCACAUACCAUACUCGCCGGCGAUUUUAAUUCCGUUCUUCGCCAAUGCGAUGCUACGGGAAACAACUCUAGCCCAUCUCUCCGAACCAGCGUACAACAGCUGAACCUUCACGAUGUGUGGGUCAAACUUCGUCCCAGGGAUUUCGGCCACACAUACAUUACCGCUAACUCGACAUCACGCCUGGAUCGCAUAUAUGUCAGUGGUAGCCUGUGUGGUCAUCUGCGAAACAUACAGGGGAUAGACAAAAUGAUCGGGACAGGCAAAAUUUUCACUUUUCAAAAAGUGUUCAACUAGCUGUAACUUUUCGAAAAGUGCAUCAAAUAUUCUCAAAUUUUUACUGUAAGUUCAUCAACUACAUGUGUGUCAGUGGUCCAAAAUUAGAAAAGAUCGGGUCAUUCUCCACGAAGUUAUAAAGAUUCUUGAAAAAGGUGAAAUUGUCCGAUAGCCAACUUUGAGCUGUUAUAUCUCCGGAUUCAAUGAACCGAUUGAAAUGAAAUUUUGACCAUUUAUGACUUAUAUAAUGAGCUAUGAAAAACCAUUGACUUAACUUAAUAUUUUUAACACGGAAGAAAAUUAUAACGAUUAGAUUAUUUUUCUAAUAAAACACCAAAUUUUCCAAAAUAUCAACAUCGUUUCAAAAUUCAAGAUGCAAAUUAUAUUUCAUUUAAUUUCCCUCUAAUUGACUUAUAUAUAAAUGUGUUUUGAAGGAAAGUAACAACAUAGCUACCAAUAAAUUGAAAAAGUUAUAGAAUGCAUAUUAAAAAUGGACCAAUUUACUAAAAAAUCGUGAAAAAAUUAAAAUCGCUAUAAUUUUGUCUCUUGUUAAAAAUUUCAAGUUAAGUCAAAUGUUUUCCAGAGUUCAUUAUACAAGGGAUAGACAAAAUGAUCGGGACAGGCAAAAUUUUCACUUUUCAAAAAAUGUUCAAUUAGCUGUAACUUUUCGAAAAGUGCAUCAAAUAUUCUCAAAUUUUUACUGUAAGUUCUUCAACUAGUUGUGUAACAGUGGACAAAAUUUGGAAAAGAUCGAGCAUUUCUUCACGAAGUGAUAAAGAUUUUUGAAAAAGGUAAAAUUAUCCGAUAGUCAACUUUGAGCUGUUAUAUCUCCGUAUUCAAUGAACCGAAUGCAAUGAAAUUUUGACCAUUUAUGACUUAUAUAAUGAGCUAUGAAAAACCGUUGAAUUGAAUUAAUAUUCUUAACACGGAAGAAAAUUAUAACGAUUAGAUUAUUUUUCUAAUGAAACACCAAAUUAUCCAAAACAUCAACAUCGUUUAAAAAUUCAAGAUGCAAAUUAUAGUUCAUUUAAUUUCCCUCUAAUUGACUAAUAUAUAAAUGCGUUUUGAAGGAAAGUAAUAACAUAGCCGAAAAUAAGUUGAAAAAGUAAUGGGAUGCAUAUUAAAAAUAGGACAAUUUAGUAAAAAAUCGUGAAAAAAAUAAAAUCGCUAUAACUUUUUCGCUUGUUAAAAAUUUAAAGUGAAGUCAAAUGUUUUCCAGAGUUCAUUAUAUAAGUCAUGAAUUGUCAAAAUUUCAUUGCAAUCGGUUCAUUGAAUACGGAGAUAUAACAGCUCAAAGUUGGCUAUCGGAUAAUUUUACCUUUUUCAAAAAUCUUUAUAAUUUCGCGAAGAAUUGUCCGAUCUUUUGCAAAUUUUGUCCACUGAUACACAACUAGUUGAAGAACUUACAGUAAAAAAUUGAGAAUAUUUGAUGCACUGUUCAUUUUUUGGAAAGUGAUAAUUUUGCCUGUCCCGAUCAUUUUGUCUAUCCACUGUAUGUUCAUCAUUGGUACAAAUUUGGGCUCGAUUGAUUAAUUUUUCGCGAAGUUAGAACCGUUCGAGUAAAACAUUAUUAUUUCGACAACUCAUUUUUUAACUGUCAUAUCUCGGAAACCAGCAAACCGAAUUGAAUGAAUUUUUUAACGUUUAUCAACAAUAUAUUGAUACUUAAUACGACAUUAUAAAAUGUAAUAUUUUCUCAUGGCGAAUUAAGUUAUACCGGAUUGAAAUUUUUACCCAUAUAGAGGAAAAUAAGUCAAAUUUACAAUACCACACAAAAAUUACUAAAUGUGUUCUUCCUUCAAUCUAAAUAGGCUCUAAUAUAUCUGAUUAGAGAUAACUUGAGAACAGAAGUGGAAAAUCUUUGGAUAUCAACACUAAAAUUUAUUGACAUUGAUGUAAAAAAAUUACAUUUUUUCGAGAAAAAUCCAAAAAGUGUCAAUCCAUGAUAACUUUUUUUCAACGUUUAAAAAGUACCAAUGUUUUAAUAGUUUGUGAAGCAUUUACAUAUUGUUAGUGUACGUUCAAAAUUUCAUUCAAUUCGGUUCGCUGGUUUCCGAGAUAUGACACUUCAAAAAUGAGUUGUCUGAAAAUUUGUGUUUUACCCGAACGGUUCUAACUUUGCGAAAUAUUAAUCAAUCGAGCCCAAAUUUGUACGAAUGAUGCACACAUAAUAGGUUGACAAACAGUCAAAAUUUGAGAUUUUUUGAUGCGCUCUUUGAAAAGUUAUAGCUUGUUGUACUUUUUUGUGAGAGAAAAAAAGUUGCCUAUCCCAAACAUUUUGGCCAUCCCCUGUAUAUCUGAAAGUGUCUUUGGAGAAAUCACUGGAGGAAAUUCUUGAGGAAUCUUUGAAGGUAUUAAACCGUAUGAAAGCAACCCCAGCAGGAAUUCCUAGAGAAUUCCAUAAGGCACUUUAGGAGGCAAAAUAUAGAAAUCUUUGGAGAAAUCUUCUUGGAAUUCCUCCAAAAAUGCACGAUGGAAUAAGAAUUCGAAACUUUUUUGUUGGGAUAGCUUUAGAAGUUUAUGCAUGGAUUCUUUUACAUAUUCGUCCUGUGACUGCUCCAAUGAUUUCUCCAAGAAUUCUCUUGAGUUUUCUCCUGCAAUUUUUUUCCGAGGAUUCCAUUAGGAACUGAUCUUAGAGUAUCAAAAGAUUUUCCUGUUCGGCUCUUGGGGGUUUUCCAAGAAUUCCAGGAGGAUUCCCAAUAGGAAUUGCUUGAGGAAUUCUAGCAAAACUUCCUGGUGGAUUCUAUCAGAGUUUUUUGAAUAAAUCCCAGUAGUAUUCCUGAAACAAUGCCAGCGAGAAUUCCUAAAGGAUCCUCAAGGUAGUGGAGCAGAUCUGGUGUGAUGGUUAAAGCACGUGACUAUCACGCCGAGGAUCUGGGAUCGAAUCCCACUCUCAAGGUAAUUUCCAACAGGAAUAUUGAAAGAUAACUCACUCACAAGCACACUAGAUAGCUCACUCACCUAGCAGAUAUAUUCCGGAUCAACUAGUUUAUUACCGAAUAGUGCUGUUGAUCCGAUCGCGAUUUGAACGUCUUUUUCGUGUUGCUGAUUACUUGCUAAUUACAGUAGAAUAUUACGAAGGAAGGUGUGCUAAACGAUUCCACGGUUCAUGUGUAGGGCUAGCCGAACCGACCGUGUGUGCACUAUUCGCUAAAAAUAUUUUAUGGAUGUGUGAUGAUUGCUUGGCUAAUUAUUGCUCGACCCGUGACGCAGAUAUCUCUAUAUCCACCGAGAUAGCCAAACAAAUGCAAUUGAAUCUGACAUUGCGGACCUGAAAGCGAAAGUGGGAGAGAUAAUCGACACCCUUGCUACACUUGUACUUCACCAUCAAAAGCCAUUCAGCGAGAAGCUGUACUCAACUGCCGUACCAUGUGUACCAUCGCCUCCGAACGCAAGCUCUAUUUUAUUAGACGGAACAAAAGUCAGCUACACUAGGGAUACAAGAGAGCUCACAAACAACAGUGGUCAACUCAGCGAUGCGUUUCCUCUGUUCCUCACCAACGUUGAUCGCCACGCUUGUAUGUGAAUGCUUGAAUAUCGACGAUCAGCGUACUGUGAAGAUUCGGAAAUUACUGCCCAAGGGAUGCUCAAUUGACGAUUUGGACUUUAUUUCAUUCAAAGCUGUAUUCAAUUCGAAACUGAAGUACUUGGCCAUGGAUACUGAAACUUGGCUUGUAGGACUUAAAUAUCGAGAAUUUGAAAACCGAUUGACUGCUUGGGCACCAAAAUCAUAAUGUUAAAAAUGCAACCGAUAAUGCCGUUGAACUCACAACUAUGUUUUAGUGCUAUAUGUUUGCAAAUGUUGAUUGUCAAGUUCAUGUCGUGCUUUUUUUACAAAUUUUGUUUGUGUAAGAAGCUGAAGGCAAUUAUAUUAUAUUAUGUUUGAAAGAUUUGUGUAAUUAGUUUUAAGUAUUUCAAUGAGACCACAAAGGUCAGUUGAAAUUAAAUAUGAUAAUAAAUAAAUAAAUAAAUAGCUCUCGAUGACCUGAUCAACUUGGUCGAAAACGCAAUUCUUCUAUGUGGUUUUAUUCUCGUGAUACUUAUGUUUGGAAUUUUCAAGACUCACUAAUGCCAAUCAGUGGAUAUGUUUAGGUUCAAUUAGCUCAUUAUUGGAUAGCUCUGUCCUGAUGUCCUGAUUAACUUUGCCGAAAACUCCGCCUUUACUUAUUUACUAAAUUACGUACUAUCGGAGAGUCCCUGACCUUUCGGCUGUGUAACAAUCGAAUUGAAGCAGUGAACGCUGAAUAAAAAGGAAGCUAGUCAAAAAUAAAUACUAAUACACAGCUGCAAAGCAAACACCAUACAACUACCCAGCUCAGUUUUCUGAAUCCAAUCGCUUGUUGCUGGAGCUGCCUUUACUGCACUCUAUUCUAACUCCGGAAGGUUACCCGGAUUUCGAACUAAUCGAAUAGGAGUUCACACUAAUAAAAUAGCAGCUACUAUACAGUACAAGUUGAAAUGCUGACGAAUCUGCAAACCAGCAGCGUUUUUAAGCUCGUUUUUUGAUAUUAUUACAGCUAGCAACACGGCUUGUCCGAUGUAAACAGUAUUGUCAAAACAAACUUUAAGCGGGAUAUAUGCCUGCUACACAAAUACUUUACGUAUUUGCACGUGUUGUAAUGUUGUGGCACCAACAUCGACUCCGACCACUAUCUGGUGAUGGUCAAACUGCGCCCAAAACUCUCCGUCAUCAACAAUGUACGGUACCGGCGACCGCCACGGUACAACCUAGACCGACUGAAACAACUGGAUGUCGCCUCAGCAUACGCGCAGAAUCUCGAGGCCGCGUUGCCAGACGAGGGUGAGCUCGAUGAGGCCCAUCUAGAGGACUGCUGGAGUACAGUGAAAGCAGCCAUCAACGACGCAGCCGAGAGCACUAUCGGGUACGUGGAACGGAAUCGACGGAACGAAUGGUUCGACGAAGAGUACAGAACGGUUCUGGAGGAGAAGAACGCAGCGAGGGCGGUAAUGCUGCAGCAAGGGAUCCGACAGAACGUGGAACGUUACAAACAGAAGCGGAAACAGCAGACCCGCCUUUUUCUGGAGAAAAAGCGUCGCCUGGAAGAAGCGGAGUGUGAAGAAAUGGAACUGCUGUGCCGUUCUCAAGAAACACAGUUCAUCAGAAGCUCAACACAUCCCGCAACGGCUUCGUUUCGCGAGCCGCGAGGAAUAAAGACGGAGGCCUCUUGACGGACGGACGUGAGGUGAUCGAAAGGAGGAAGCAGUUCGAUCAGCACCUGAAUGGCGUAGAGAACGUAGGCACGGGAGACCACGGCGAUGGAAGAAACGACGACGCCAGUCAGUGCAGCGGAGG